GUCCAGAGUACUCUGCAUUCAAUCAAUCAGAGAGAGAGAGAGAGAGAGAGAGAGACAGUGAGGAGAGAGAGAGUCAAUUGAAGACCUUCGUUCUUCUGUGUUUCAGCAAUGUCUCUGCUUUCAAAUUUCGUCAACUUAAACCUCUCUGAUUGCACUGAGAAGGUGAUUGCUGAGUACAUUUGGAUUGGUGGAUCAGGCAUGGACCUCAGAAGCAAAGCAAGGACUCUUCGUGGAUCUGUUACCGAUCCCAAAGAGCUUCCAAAUUGGAAUUACGAUGGAUCGAGCACAGGUCAAGCUCCUGGGAAAGACAGUGAAGUGAUCCUAUAUCCCCAAGCAAUUUUUAAGGAUCCAUUCAGGAGGGGCAACAAUAUUCUAGUCAUGUGUGAUACUUACACUCCCUCUGGCGAGGCAAUUCCAACAAACAAGAGGUAUAAUGCCGCCAAUAUUUUCAGCCAUCCUGAUGUCGUUGCAGAAGAGCCAUGGUAUGGCCUCGAGCAAGAGUACACCUUGUUGCAGAAAGAUGUUAAGUGGCCUGUUGGCUGGCCAUUGGGAGGUUAUCCAGGACCCCAGGGACCAUACUACUGUGCGAUUGGUGCUGACAAAGCCUUUGGACGUGACAUUGUCGAUUCUCACUACAAGGCCUGCCUUUAUGCCGGCAUUAACAUAAGCGGCAUCAAUGGAGAAGUGAUGCCAGGCCAGUGGGAGUUUCAAGUUGGACCUUCUGUUGGCAUCUCAGCCGGAGAUGAGUUGUGGGUGGCGCGUUACAUUCUGGAGAGGAUUACUGAAAUUGCUGAUGUGGUGCUUUCUUUUGACCCCAAACCAAUCCCGGGUGAUUGGAAUGGUGCCGGUGCUCACACAAACUACAGCACCAAGUCUAUGAGGAGCGACGGAGGCUAUGAGGUCAUCAAAAAGGCGAUUCGAAAGCUUGGGCUAAGGCACAAGGAACAUAUUGCCGCGUAUGGCGAAGGCAAUGAGCGUCGCCUCACCGGACGACAUGAAACAGCCAAUAUGAAUACAUUCUCAUGGGGGGUUGCAAACCGUGGUGCAUCCAUUCGGGUUGGCAGAGACACGGAGAAAGCAGGCAAAGGGUAUUUCGAGGACCGGAGGCCUGCUUCAAAUAUGGAUCCGUACGUGGUCACUUCCAUGAUUGCCGAGACCACCAUUCUGUGGAAACCGUGACUCUGCUGACAUUUCACAAAAGGAAUAUAUCAGAACAACACCACCACGGUCCAUUUUUCAUUCAAGUAUCUUUCCUUUGUUUUUCUUCCUGAUGUAGCAAGCUGACCUUGCUUACCUUAAGGUUUGGCCUCAUGUAUUAAAUAACAGUAACAUCUAUAUUAAUAACGAUACAAAGGGAAUAAAUUUUUUGAUGUUUUCAGACAAAA